UACCAGUAUGUGUCAUCACUCACUGUCAAGAUCUGUGAGCCUUGACUUCAAAUUGCCUCAAAAGCGUCCAGGUGAACGAGCUCCCGACUUUUCUCCACUGCACUGAAGAUGACAGACUGUGAGUUUAGUUAUAUUUACAAGCUGGCCCAGGACUAUCUGAAGCACGUCCUGCAGAUACCUCAACCCGAAGCCUGUCCCAGCAAAACGUCUAGAGUGCUGCAAAAGGUUGCGUUCUCCGUGCAAAAGCAAGUGGAGAAGAAUUUGCAACCAUGCUUGGACCAUUUAGAUGUUGUCUCCCUAGACACUGCCAGAACUGUCUUCAACCAAGUGAUGGAAAAGGAAUUCGAAGACGGCAUCGUUAACUGGGGAAGAAUUGUGACGAUAUUUGCAUUUGCAGGGGUUCUCAUCAAGAAACUUCUAAGGGAGCGGAUUGCUCCGGCUGUGGAUACGUACAAGAAGAUUUCUUAUUUUGUUGCCGAGUUCAUAAUGAACAAUACAGCGGAAUGGAUAAGACAAAAUGGAGGCUGGGAAAAUGGCUUUCUAAAGAAGUUUGAACCUAAAUCUGGCUGGCUGACUGUUCUGGAAGUUACAGGCACGAUCUGUGAAGCAUUACUGCUCCUGAAGCAAUACUGUUGACCAAAGAGCACACUCUCUAUUAUGAAAUCGCCUAAUUUUUCUGGCUGUAGCAAGAACUACUGCUAACAUUUCUAAACAAACAACUUGAUGAUGUAA